AAUUUAACGGUAGCACCAAACCUAGCGCGGGGUUUAUACUCUGACAGCCGCAAUACCUAACCUGGCGCGGUUAACUGAACUCUUAAACCCCUAGCACAACUCGCAAAACCCUUGGCAAUGGCCGAUUCUGAACCAGAAUCACAACACAGAACUACGACGACGAGGAAGAAGAAGACGAUGAAGAGGAAGCUAAGAAGCGCCUCCGAAAAGGGAAGCGAUGAGCAAAGACCUUCCAAAGCCCCUCGCCUCGACCGUUCAGAGAAAAAGAAAGAGAGAAAGAAACCAAUACAAGAAGUUGUCCCAGAACAUGGAGAACCAGUCGAAAACAUCGAGGACGGCCACCCUUGGAGGAAUCUUCAGCUAAUUUUGUCUCUUCAGAACAAAGACAUCGAUAUUCAACAAAAGGUGGAACUAGCAUUUGGUUUUGUGAAAUCGAGAGAGAGCAAACAAGGGGAUGACGAUGCUGAAGGUUUAGAAGCGAUUAGCAUUCAUAGGGUAAUGGUUUUCCUCACCAAUUGGGUCCAGUCAUUGUUGAUUUCUUCAGAGAAGAAAAUUAGGGCUGAAGGGUAUAAGCCUCAGUUUGGAAUUGUAGGGUCAUGUUGGGACUAUAGAAGCUGGGAAAUUUUCAGGUACUGUUUGGAGGAGUCUUUGAAAAUGCAGGUUUCAUUGAACAUUUCAAGAGACUUCCUACGGGUUAUACACUUCAUUGCAAAGGAUGCAUUGUCCAAACUGAAUGUUGUUUCACAUUUGGAAGGAACAAUUUUGAAUGGUAUAGACUUUGAGUUGUACAGGAUUGUUGUUAGUUGUGUUUCCUUGGUAUUCUCAUCCCAUAGUGGAAUUCUAAAUGAAAACUUGGACCUGUGGAUUAUGACUGCUGAUACAGUCCUGGAGCUCGUUAAGAAAUUUUUUGAUCAAAAUCUUGAGGGUGGCAAUGCGGAUUCAUUUUUCCUACAGUUUUCAUGUGCUGUGCUUGAGCCAUUCGUCAAGUUUUUGAGGGUCCACCCUACUCGGAAAAAUGGUUUCCGUGACUUCAUAGAUAAGCUCCUUGAGCCUCUGUUGCAUUUGUUGGGUGUCUUGCACCUUCAAGUUGAUGGGAGUUAUUCUGGUUGGACACGAAAUUUGCUGAAGCUUAUCGAAGAAGUCUUUUGUUGUGGGUUGUUCCACCCUGCUCAUAUGGAUGGUUUUCUGAGCUUGCCAAGUACUGGCAAGUAUGUGACAUUUGAUGAUGGAAAACCAAGAGAUUCAAAAAUCAUUAUUAAAAGUUAUCACAGGCACCUUUUUGAUAAACUGGAAAAGGUUUUGGCAGGGAAGAAUAUAUCGGCAUCAAGUGGUGUUGGAGAUAUGUUUCACUUGUUCGUCUCUUCUGUUAAAAACCAAAAGGGAGCUUCAGUUAGGGAAGGUUUGAGGCAGUUGGAAAAUGAUUUUGCUGGUCAUAUGCCUAAUAAAUCAGACGUGAACAUUAAUUUAGUUUCGGAAAAGAGUCAUGGCUCAACAUGUUUGAAAGCAGAAACCAGGAAGUCACUGAUUGACUUCUUUGUACAGAUUGUGGAACCUUUGUUGCAAGAGUUUAACAUCUAUAUUCAAAAUGAACUGGAGGUGGGACCUGCAUUGUUCGAUGUACGGGACACACUCAGUUCUACCAACAAAAUACUUGUUAGCUUUAUGCAUGAUAAGUUGUACAUAAGGAACGAGGAUAUCUCUGAAGGAGCUUUUUUUAAUUUCUUGAAAGGGGUCUACGAUAUGGUUUUGUCUUUUCUUCCGAAAAUACUGCAACUAUGGCAAUCAACAGUUGAUGGGGACAAGAUAACAAAGCUGCGGAUGUUUAGUUCCGUAGCCACAGAGCUUGUUAUUGCUGUACGUCACUUGGUAAAAAUUGAAUACAAGGUUCUUGGGAAUGACUUGGAAAGCUUAUGGCUUAUGGUGUUCUCAUUUGCUUCCCUUAGCCUCUCUUUGCCUGAUUCACCAGAUCAACACAAAUUGAUUUCAGAGAUACUUGGUCUUGGUUGCCAACUGGUUAAUCUUUAUAGCGAACUUCGACAGGUAAAUGAUGUUAUUUGGGCACUGUGUAAAGCGGUGAGGCGUUUGGUACUACAUGCCGGUUACGGAGAAAUGAUCAACACUAAUGCACCUUUGUUAUGUCGUGGAGCACAUGCAAAGUCAGUGAGUUUGGUAUUAUGCUCACAAGAGUUCAGGCUUGCCAUUCGUGAUGCUAUUGUGUCCAUUCCAGAAGGGCAAGUCACCGGCUGUGUUCAGCAGUUAAAAACAGAUAUCUCAGAAUGCCUGGAAUGGGUUAAAGCUACUUAUUCGUUGUCUGCUCAAAAUGAACUUGGCAAACUGGAUCCGCAUAGUAGCGGGCUUUAUUUUGAUGUGCAAGUAGAACUUCUGGGAAGAUGUUUGUCUGAUAUGCAUACACUAGUUCUGGAUUCACUGACCAUAACAUCCGGUAACAGUAAUCUCAUAAGUGUUUCUGUGAAGGAUCUGAUGACAGUGUUACGGCCUAGCAUGACUAGUCUGGUUGCAGUACAGCCCGAUAGUGUAAAUGAGUUUCUCUUUACAUUUACAGGGAAAAAACUCAGUGAUAGUGGGACUGGAUGCAAUAAUUAUUUAUUAUCCACUCAGUGGAUUCUUCUGUUUUUCUUUCGUCUAUACCUAUCCUGCCGAAGCGUAUAUAGGCAAGCACUAAGCCUUGUGGGCUCAGAUACAUCGAGAAAGAUGUCUGAGCUGAUGGGUGACUCACUCACAGCCCACGCUGGGAAAGAUUGGUUGGAGAAGACUGAUUGGAUUUCUGGAGGCUAUUUUUCUUGGAUUUUCCAGCCUUCAGCUUCUCUAUCCACCAUUUUACAGUCUGUUUCAGACUUUUGUCUUGAAGGCAAUAUGGCACAUUGUGCCCCUUUGGGUUAUGUGUUGAACACCAUGGCUAUUCAGAGGCUUGUUGAUUUGAAUAGGCUGAUAAAGUCUUUUGAGUAUCUACUGAAAAGGAAAGAAUAUCUGAAGUUGAUGAAUGAUGUUGGGUCGUCACCAGGUAGUAAAAACAGCAAAAAGUUGAAGAAGUGUAUCCGAUGUUUGAGGCAAGAGGCAGCAGACCUAAGCAACUUUGUGAUGGGAUACCUCCCAUUUCUGGCCAAAGACCAAACGUCCAACUCUUCAUCUGAUGACCCGACUUAUAAAACUUUGGAUGGCCAAGCACUAUGUCAAUAUGACCAGUGGGAUUUUGAGAUUGGUGCUUUAAAUGAAAAGUCAUUGCCUUCUGCACUUUGGUGGAUUAUUUGCCAAAAUAUUGAUGUUUGGUGCGCUCAUGCUGCUAAGAAGAAGUUGAAAAUGUUUCUUUCACUUCUAUUCCAGAGUUCUCUUCUGCGAGUUGGCAGCAGUUUUGACGACUUUGCAAAGCAGAAAAGUGAUGGACAUGGCCAUCUGAAGAACAUCACGGCACGCCAAAUCUCAUUGGAACUUCUCCGAGACACUGUUCUCUAUGAGCAAACGUUUGUUCGCAGGCUUAUGGCAUCGAGGUUUUGCCGUAUCUUGGAGAAGUCAAUCAUAUCAAUAUUCACUAAUGUCGGAGAGAUUGAUUUGAAGUCAUCACCCAAUUUGCUCGAGGUUUCAAGGGUGUGCGGCAAUUCAUCAACUUCUUGUUCUGCCAACAAGCAUGUUAUGAAUGACUCUACUUCAGUCGCAGAACCCAUCUCUUCUUCAUCUAAGAGGCCGCCAUCCUUUCUUUCACAUAGCGUGGGUUUCGCUGAUUGUCAAAAUUUGCUCAGCUUUUUGUGUUGGAUGCCAAAAGCAUGUUUAAGUUCUAAAUCAUUUUCUCUGUGUGCAACCUACAUUCUCAACAUUGAGAGGCUUGUAGUUGGCAGCUUAUUAGAUUGUCAUGGUGCUUUGUACUCCCAAAACGUCUCUGAGCUCUUCAAAUUGAUACUGUCUUGUCGGAGGGCCCUUAAAAAUCUAACGGUGGCAUCUUGUGAAGAGAAGAUGGGAAGCAGUCAAUCCUCCCUCGCUGUAACAAUCUUCCAGAGUUCAUCUAUUUUAUGGCUUCUAGAAUCGUUGUCUGCCGUGAUUUUGCCUCAACAUGCAGUUUCAGAAAAUAGAGCUACCCAAGAGAUUGCCUUUUCUUUGAUGGAUCACACAUCAUAUGUUUUUCUGACACUAAGCAAAUAUCAGUUUAUACAUGCGGUUCACUUACCUAUGAAUGUGGAGAAGCUUUGCGAAAAACAAAAUAAUUGUCCUGUUCUCCACGAAGGGUGUACUUCGGACCUGAAGGGCAUCGAUGCAUGGAAAACUCUGGUCCUUAUAGCUGAGACUUUGAAGGAUCGGAUGAAGAGAGAACUUGUCUCUAAAAGAGGCCUUUGUGAUACAAAAAUGCAAGUUCAUCUAAGUUUUCUUGAACUUAUGAACUUAUCUUCACUUAUUUCUUGCUCUCAAGGUUUUAUGUGGGGGUUGGCAGCUGCCUUGGACCACAUAGAUAUAAACAAUAGAAAAGUUAAAGCAAAAUUAUCGAGACAGAAACAUGAACCUAUGGACAAACUAAUCUGUUGCAUAGAUGUGUUUGCAGAGUUUGUAAAUUAUUUCAUUGGAGCGUUGCUUAUUGAGGAUGGCCAAUUGCCAGGUAAUUUCUGGGAUGGUCAGAAUCUUCCCAUGUCAGCUAGCAGUGAUGAUACACUGGGGGUGAAGGAGUCCUUUUUGUAUGAAAAAGAGAAUCAGAACUGUGGAGCUGUGAGGAAGUGCUCUGCAUCUUCAUCCGACAACAACGAUUGCUCUGAUAAAAGUGAUUGGAAGAAAAGGUUCCACUCAGAAAAUGCAGAUUUUGGGGACAGUAUUCUUGCCAAGUGUGAUUCUUUUGAUCUUUGUGGAUUAAACAAGUCUAUGUUGAAUGGCUUUUUAAGGGGUGAAAAUCCCGAAGCUGCAUUUUUUCUCAGACAGCUUUUUAUUGCUUCUUCAGCACUUCUGAGGCUAAAUUUGCAGAUCAAAUGUGCUUCCUUGUCAAUAAGCUCAGUUCCAAUUUUUGUGGGCAUUUCCCAGGUUUUGUUAGCGGAAUUUGCAAACAAGGUUGAAGUUCCGUCGCCAUUGUCCCUUGUUUGCUUAGAUGGCAUCGUUAAGUUUCUUGAAGAGAUUGGGAGUCAUCUUCAUCUAACCAAUCCCACCGUUUCUAGGAAUUUGUAUGUCAAGAUGGUAGAAUUACACUUAGUGGCCAUAGGAAAAUGCAUUGUUUUACAAGGAAAGAGAGCCAGUUUAGCAUCUCAUGAUGCAGAGUCAAGUGCCAAGACAUUAAGUGGCCACAUGGAAUUAUCUGAAGACACACUUUCCUGUGGGCCAUACUGCUUAGACGAAUUAAAAGCUAGGUUGAGGACGUCAUUCAAAGGGUUUGUCAAGAAACCAUCAGAGUUGCAUCUGUUUGAUGCUAUUCAGUCAUUGGAGAGAGCACUAGUUGGAGUGCGGUUAGGAUGCACAAUAAACUAUGAGAUAUGUACAGGAAGUUCAGAUGGGGGAAAGGUUUCCUCGAUUGUGGCAGCUGGCAUUGACUGCACAGAUUUGGUUCUUGAAUUUGUUACAGGACGCAAACGUUCGAGUGUUGUUAAAAGUCACGUUCGGAGCUUAGUUGCCUGCCUGUUCAACAUCAUUCUGCAUUUGCAGGGUCCAUCGAUUUUUUACAGGAAUAUCAUCACUAGUAAAGGUGAUGCUGAUCCUGAUCCAGGAUCAGUCAUUCUCAUGUGUGUUGAGGUAUUAACAAAGGUUUUUGGAAGACAUGCUAUGUACCAAUUGGAUUCCUCGCAAGUUGGGCAGUCCUUGCGAAUACCAGCGGCUUUAUUUCAGAAUUUUUUCCAGCUUAGAAUUUCUGAAGCUCCUUCUGCAGAAUCUGCACCUAAUUCUCUGAUGUUCUUGGAUGGUCGAGAUACUGAGAUUGUAGAAGUCACGAGUUCCUGUGUUGUGGACCGACGGUUCUUGAUUGACCUAUUUGCUGCAUGUUGCCGGUUACUGAGUACUGUUCUUAAGCAUUACAAAAGUGAGACGGAGCAUUGUGUUGCUCUACUUGAAGAUUCAGCUUCUGUUCUCCUUCAUUGUUUGGAGAUGGUAGAUCCUGCUGCAGUAGUCAGAAAAUGUUAUUUCACAUGGGAAGUACUAGAGGCAGUGAAGUGUGCUUCCUUUCUUCGACGAAUUUAUGAGGAGAUGAGGCAGCAGAAGGAUGUUUUUGGCCGACAUUGUUCUCUGUUUUUAUCUAAUUACAUAUAUACUUAUUCAGGAUUUGGUCCCCUUAAAACAGGCAUCAGAAGGGAAGUAGAUGAGGCUUUGAGACCGGGUGUUUAUGCUCUGAUAGAUGCUUGCUCAGCAGAUGAUCUUCAACACCUUCAUACCAUAUUUGGAGAGGGUCCUUGUAGAAGCACUCUGGCAACUCUGCAACAUGAUUAUAAACUGAAUUUCCAAUAUGGAGGAAAAGUGUGAUCGUGGUUUUUUCCCUCUGAUAUGGGAUUCUUCCUUUGAAAAUCCUCGAAGGCAAGGUUGUCUAUUUUCGAUCUUUUGAAAUUCCGAUGCGAUGUGAACGUCAGAGCGACAUUAGAUAUUUACUUCAGGCUAAACUCCACGUGGUAGAACUGAAGCUGUACCUUAUGAUCAAAAGUUACCAAAAGGGGGAUAUUCAGCUCAGUCAUCAAGUUAUUCAGCUCAGUCAGCAAGUUAUAGUAUGAAUUGGGGAAAUUGUAUAAAAGCUGUAAUUUCUGCUAACUACUGUUGUCAGAAAGUAUAGUUUAUUCUUCUUUAGACGUCUUUCCAUGGUGAUAUCUGAACCAUGCUGCUGUUCGACCAGAUGAUACGAACGCAUUUAUGGGUUUCUUUAACACCUUUGUCUAAUUUGGCAGAUUCCUUUGCAAAUUAGAACACCUCAGUCAACUGUUUCCGAAGUCAUGUAUUGCUUGAAGUUUGUUCA